AUGUCGUCUUCACGAAUUCAUGCGUGUUUGCAAUGCGUCUUUCUCGGAUGCUGGCAAGAAUCUCAUAUCCAUAAACAUUUAAAAGAAAAGGCCCAUAUGUUUGAAAAUGCAACGACUAUGUAUAUGAUUUGGAUAUUGAACGUAUCCUACAUGCUGAGCAGGCUCAAAUACAACAGAUUCAAGAAUUUUCCACUCUACAAAAAUGUGCAGGUAAGGUUUACUAAAUAUUUUCAUACCAAUUUCUGGAUUUGGAAUCAUUCAUUUUGUUUAUACGAGUUAAAUAUGGGCUCAACAUGUUUUAUGAAUACAAUUCUGCAAACAUUUAUUCAUAAUCCGUUGCUGAGGGCACAUUUUUUGAGUGACAAACAUGAUCGACGAUUUUGUCCUCGAAAAAGUCAGCCAUGUCUUUCCUGUGAGAUGGAUGAUUUGUUUUGCCAAUUUUAUAAUGGAAAAACAACUCCUUAUGGUCCAUCGUCGUUUUUAUAUGCCAUGUGGAUGUCACAAAAGCAUCUUGCUGGAUACCAGCAACAAGAUGCCCAUGAAUUUUUUAUUUCGGUUUUGAAUGAGAUCCAUAAUAGUUGCUCUGGUCAACAUUCCCACGCCCACAGCUCAGCUCACCAAUGUCAAUGUGUCAUUCAUCAAGUUUUUGGAGGUCUAUUGCAAUCAGAUGUCACUUGUCAAAAGUGCGGCAACGUAACAACUGUAUGGGAUCCUAUUCUUGACAUUUCUCUCGAUAUUAAAUCAAACACGAAAUUGAGUGGACCUAAAAAGGCAAAUCUUGGUACCAAAAAGAAUUCAUUUCCAGAUACAAACGAACACCGCAGCAAAAUAGCUGAACCCUACUCUCUUCUCCAGUGUCUUGAAGGCUUUACAAUUCCAGAGCGUCUUGGUCCCAACCAAUAUACAUGUGCAUCAUGCGCUAAUACUCACCAGGAGGCUACGAAACAGCUUUCCAUGAAACAUUUGCCUCCAGUGCUAGCUAUCCAACUGAAACGGUUUGAACAUACAGCUACAGCAAGAACUGCUGGAUUCGAUACUCUCACUGAUGGAAAUCCUACCUACAAAUACUCGCUUUUUGCCAUUGUAAACCACGAGGGUAAAAUUGAUACUGGACACUACAAAGCAUAUGCUAAAUGCCGAGAUCAGUGGUUUAUGUUUGAUGAUCAUACGGUCACCAUGACGACGCAAAGGGUUGCAUUGGAAAGUAACGGAUACAUGUGCUUCUAUAUCCGAGAUAACGCUGAAUAUGCGCCAUCAACGAUAACAGAUGUGAUAGAAAUGAGUCAAGGGCAGCGAGUCGUUGAGCGUAAAGAAAUCAAAAGCCCCAGCGGUGGGGUAAAGGUGAAAACACCCAGCAAGCCUAAACAAAAACAAAUUAUAAUUGAAGAAGAGGUGGAAGAAGGAGAGGUUCGUAUGAGCUGAAUGGAUUUCAAGUCUCCUCUUUUGCUCUAGUCUGAUCGACUCGUCAGUGCGAUUGUUUUUUAAUCCGUUUUGAAAUACAAGUUUUUUUGAAUUU